AUGGAUGCUGAGAACCUCACCUCAAUCACAGAAUUCAUCUUAGUGGGUUUCUCCAAUCAACGAAAGACUCGGCUUCUAUUCUUUGUAGCGAUCCUUCUUGCCUACACACUUACCAUCCUGGUGAACCUAAUGGUCAUCUUGCUGGUACAGUUUGACUCCCACCUCCAAACCCCCAUGUACUACUUCCUCACACACCUCUCAGGCCUAGAGAUCUUCUACGUCACCAGCACAGAGCCUCAGAUGAUGGCUCACCUCCUGGCUGGGAAUGGCGUCAUCUCCUACAACCGCUGUGCAGCCCAGAUAUUUGUCGCCUUAUCUGUUGGUGCUACUGAAUGCUUUCUGUUGGGCAUCAUGGCCUAUGACCGUUUCCUGGCCAUUUGCCAGCCUCUGCUGUAUCCUGUUGCCAUGGACAGGUGGCAACAGACGCAACUUGCAUCCAGUUCAUGGGCAGCAGGCUUCUUUUGUGCCUCAAUAUAUGUGGGGUGCACCUUUUGUCACUUCUAUUGUGGUCCCAACCAAAUGGAUCACUUCAUGUGUGAGAUGCCCUUUGUCUUGAAACUUGCCUGUGAUGACACCCACAUCAGUCAGGCCAUUAUUUCUGUAGUUGCAGGGUCAGUUCUUCUGGUGCCAGUUUGCAUUGUUCUGACCUCCUAUGGGUUUAUUCUUUAUUCAGUGUUACAAAUACGCUCAGCCACUGGAUUGCGCAAAGCCUUCUCCACAUGCGGUUCCCACCUCAUAGUAGUCACUUCAUUCUAUGGAACACUCUUUGCUACGUACGUGAUUCCCCGAUCAGAGACUUCUUCAGACCGUGACAGGAAAAUUGCCGUGUUUUAUGUGGUGUUCACCCCUUUCCUCAACCCUAUCAUAUAUACCCUGAGGAACAAGGAUGUCCAUGCGGCAGUGGCCAGAGCACUGCGAAGAGGUAGGCUUAAACAAAAAUGA